AUGCCCGUCCUCAAAAACCUCCCAGUGCGCCUGAAAGGCGGCGGUCCGACUCUAGACAACGCUUGGAUCCUGCGCAGGAUGAGCCUCAACAUCACACCCCACCAUCACAACCCCUUUGACAAUGACGACGGCAUCCAUGGCAAUGGUGGCCACAGCGACCACUGGUCGCCCGGCAGCUCACUGCUUGACGGCGACGUGCCAAGGGAUCGUAACCCGUUCGAGGACGAGGAGGACGAGAACGAAGCCAAUGAGGGGAAAAAGGGAAGCGGAGUUGGAGGCGGAGGUUCGGUGAAGGGAUCCUUCAAAUUCAAGUCCCCGCUGAAGACUCUGGGGAAGCUGGGGAAGAACCUGAGAAUGUCAGGGAGGAGCAAAGGAAAUGAAACACCGUCGCCUCAGGGUUCGCUGCAAGGAACGCCUUCACCUGCAACGAAGAAGAAGAGAGGGAGGAGGAGCUCUGAAGGAAGUCUGUUAAGGUUUGCGGGGAAGUACCGCGACACCGUCGGCUCCCGUAAGGAGUCUCUCACCAACGGCGAGCUGAACUGUUCAGAGAGUGAGUGCGACUCAACCAGCCGGCGCCUGUCCUUCAUGAAGAUGGUUGGUCUGGGGAAGCUGAAGAGGGAGUCCAUGAACGACCACUCGUCCCAGGGACCUGAGGAGCAGCCGGUGAAGGAGGAGGUGGUGGAGGAGGUCAAACCCAGAGAGCCGCUGUCAGUCCUGGAGAUCCUGCAGCUGGUGAAAAAGCGGGACCUGCUGUUGGCCGACACACACAUCCUGGAGCUGGAGCAGGAGUGUAACGAGUCCUUGGCGGCCGAGCGUGCUGCCGGGCCGCAGCCGGAGGACACCACCAGCCCCAGCGUCAAAGACGGCGGGCGGAGGAAGGCGAAGGACGUGGAGCUGCUGUACGAGGAGCUGCAGAAGGAGCUGUGGGCCGUUGUCAGGGAGUCUCUGAGGUCCCCGACGGCCGGGCCAAACCUGGGCCUGGUGGUGCAGGUGCUGCAGCAAGAGGAGCAGGUGGACAAAAACUGGGCCGUAAGUGAGGCUGCGGCCCUCGGGGGCCCGAGGCCCCGCCGUCUGAAGCAGAGGUGGAGGGAGGCGGUGGACGAGGCGGCUGACGGCUCUUUGCCUCAGAGGGCCGAGUUCACAGCUGGAGAGCUGGACAAGUACCUGGACCGGCUCCGAGCUCGGGUGGUGGAGGACCUGGGGGCCGCCAAGAGGAACGUGGUGUCCAUCUACCCUGAAGACUACCAGCCCUUCCAGGUGUACGUGCAGAGCUACCACCAGGCGGUUGCUAGGCGACUGGAGGCCAUCACUGACAACCAGCUGGAGAUCACUGACAUCUACUCCCUGCUGGACUGGCUGCACAACAUCUACAAGAGAGACGUUCUGGGGACGGUGUGCAUCACGAGUCCAUUCAGCCGCGCUCAGCUGAGUCCUCUGCUGCCUGCGGAGACUGUGGACAGACUGGAGCUGGACUGUCUCAACUCUGUCAGGGCUAAAGUGACCACAGAGCUGACUCAGGUCCUGGACGAGGAGGAGAAACGAUGGAUGGAGACGCUGCACAUCGAGGAGUAUCAGAUCACUCUGGCCAAGACCGUCAUACAGAGGCUGCAGGUCGAUCUGGAGCGUUCGGCCUCCAUCAACAGCAGUUUGGGCUCCAGAGUGGCUCAGUGCAGCCUCAACGGCCUGGCUGACUUCCUGUACAGCUUCCAGCGUAAAGCAGAGAUGUUUCAUGAAGGGAUGCAGUUCGGCAUGUUUGGAGACAACGAGGACGGAUAUGUGUCCAAAACCAUCGCUCUGGUCAACUGCUGCCCUCCAUUCAGAGGGUUUGUGCAGCGCUGUGCUCAGUGUGACCCGUCGGUCAGCGAGGACUCUCUGCGUCGAGCCAAUAAAGCUCUGGAUCACAUCGUCCAGCAGGGAAUCAGAGUCCUGUCUGAACGGCUCUACCUGCACAUCAGGCCGUUCUUCGAGCGCCUGGUGAAGAGGAAGUGGCUGAGCAACACGGAGGCGUACGAGCAGAUCGAAGCCGUCAUCAAAGAAGACUUUAAGAAGUAUCACAGGAUGGACAGUCCUCCCUACCAGCUGCUGGUGGCGGAGGUGCACCGGCGGGUGGUGAUGGAGUACCUGCGCUCGGUCAUGCGAGGCAGAAUCAUCUGCACCUCCAUGAAGAUGAGGAAGAGGAUGGCCAGCCGGCUCAGAGAGGAAGGCAAACAGAUCAAAGUCCUCUUCAAAGAUCUGGAGUCUCCGUCCAGCUGGUUGGACAACGCCCUGUCCCACAUCUCAGAGAUCAUCCAGCUGGAGGACGUCCCCUCCAUCCAAAUGGAGGUCGGCGUUCUGGUCCGAGAGUUUCCAGACGUCAGGAAGAAGCACGUGUCGGCCAUUUUGAACAUACGGGGGAUGACUCGGCAGGCGGAGCGUCAGGAGAUCCUCAACAUCGUGAAAGACAUCGAGAGCAGCGACGCCGCCGGCGGUGGCAGUGGUGGUGGCGUCAGCUCGGCCCGGCUGACCCGAGACCGCGCCCUCUUCUCUGAGGUGCCCGUCACCUCUGAGGUCCACUGCCUGAACGUGGGCCUGAGCCGCAUCGCCCUCACCGCCUCGUCCUGCUUCAGCACGCUGCGACCGCGACCACGCAAGACCAGGACGCCCGUUCAGGAAAACCCUGACGAUGUCCUCUGAACCGCCGACCGACAGCACCGGAGUCAGACGGACCUGCUGUCUGCUGGGCUGGUUUUUAUCACCAAGUAUUAAUAGAAACUUUUUCUAUUUUCAACAGAGUCCUGAUUAUUUUCACCCGAGCUGUCGCUGACUGAAUGUUUCCAUCAGGCUGCUGCUUCACACGAAUCCACCAGAGACACUACAAAGAUUGUUUCUCUGCAGGAGACUCGGGAGACGUUUGUCCAGCGGAGACUUUGAGACUAAUAUCAGACCAACUUCUAAUCAUUUCGACUCUUUUGAUUUCAGUUUCAUGAAAAACUGUGUGAAGUGCAGCUUUGACACUUUUACUUUCUGAGCUCUGAGAGGAAAACUGUCCCACAGGAGGGAAAAGGAACAGACAGACGUCCCUGGUGGACGAGGAGUGAUGAUGCUGAGAGGACUGAACACAAAGCUGAGUGGGUGUAGACGGAGGAUGGGAGGAUUAUUAGCAAGAUAAUUAAACUCUCUUCCAGUGAAGAUAAAAAUCAGUUCUCUUUACUGAAGCACAACAAAAUGAUUUUAUAUCAGAAAAAUUCAGACGCACUUUUUGUGUUGUUUUAACCUCGUCAGCAAAGAAAUGUUGGCACUGUACGUUUCUGCAAACCACGGAAACAUUACAUUUAUACAUUAUUAUGUGGUCGAUACUUUAAAACUUUACAUUUCAACAGCGCUGUGGUUCAUGUGUGGUUUGUUUCAGAAACCAAAAACACUUAUGGUCAGAAAAAGAUCAGGUGUUACCCACUUUUUGUGGCACGCAGCAACGUCUCAAUUACAAACAACCACUUUAUGUGGUACUAUCCCGAUAUGAAGCGCAGCGGUGGCUCCGUUAGAGACAACUUCUUUCUUUAGCGCUAUCUCGGAACGAAAUGCAGUGAUGUCUUGAUUAGGAACAAUCCUUUUUUUUGGCGCUAUCCUGGCACAAAAUGCAGUGAUGUCUCAUUAGAAACAAUCACUUUUUUUGGCGCUAUUGCGGCAAGAAAUGCAGCAACGUCUUGGUUAAAAAACAACCGCUUUUUGUGCUGCUAUCUUGGCACGAAACACGACAAUGUCUCGGUAAGAAACAACUGCUUUUUUGUGGUGAUAUCCUGGCAGGAAACAGCAAUGACUCAUAGGAAACAACCACUUUUUUUGGCGCUGUCCCACCUUGAAACGCAGCAACGUCUCAAUUAGAAACAGCCACUUUUUGUGGUACUAUCCCGACAUGAAGCGCAGUGGUGGCGCCGUUAGAGGUAACUUCUGUCCUUAGCUCUAUUUCGGAACGAAAUGUUGCAACGUCUUGAUUAGGAACAAUCACUUUUUGUGGCGCUAUCCCAACAGGAAACACAGGGACGUCUUGAUUAGGGAUGACCGCUUUGUUUGGCGCUAUCCUGGCACAAAAUGCAGUGAUGUCUUGGUUAGAAAUGACCACUUUUUUUGGUGCUAUUUUGCCACAAAACACAGCAAUGUCUCAUUAGAAACGGACGCUUUUUGUUGCGCCAUCACGGCACGAAAUGCAGCGAUGUCUUGGUUAGAAACAACUGCUUUUUGCGCUGCUAUCCUGCCAUGUAAUGCAGCUAUGUCUCGGUUUGAAACAACACCUCUUUGUGGCGCUAACACACCAUGAAACACAACAAUGUCUUGGUUAGAAAGAACCACUUUUGGAAACACAAUGAUGGGUUGCUAAAAAACAACCGGUCUUGAACAGUGGUAGGCAUCUUAGCGUCUCUCCUGGGAGUCACGCCAUCCAUCAUCCCCUCAAUCUCCCGAUGACAGAUUCAGCUCAUAAAGCACGUCACUUUAGAAUCGUUGAUAAGAUGUGUAUGCGACACGUGUCAUGUAUUCGUGGUUUGCAGAAACGCACAAUGCCAACGUUACCUUCUGGCAACUGAGCUGCUUCUUCGUAGGAUGGAAAAUCAUUUGUUUGGACUCAAACGUCUCGUGUGAUUUGGGACCUGCAGCUGCAUCAGGACAAAGAGUUCCUGUAGGACUCGUGGACUUUGAGCUGGAACACGCCUCGUAGAGGAUCAAUAAAAGAAAAGCCAUCCUCUCUGCGUGCUGCUGUGGACUCUGGGACAGGAGCACAUUCAUUAAGGGACAGAGAGCGGGACAGAGACUGAAGCAGAGUGAAAGACUGCAGCUGGGGGUCAGGUGACCUCAGGGUCUCACACUUUAAUCCAGGUCUGGAUGAAAUUCAGGAUUAUUUUGGGGGUUUCAGAGAAUCUCAUUUACGUUCUUAUAGGAAAGUUCAAUUUAUAAUCCGUGGACACAGAAACUGGAGAGUUUGUUUUAUUGUUGCACACGAUAAAAGAAAAAAAUCAAAGGUACUAACGAUGAUCUGAGUGAUUAUAGUCGGAGCUCUUUGGUGUGAUGAGGUUUAUUAAAUAUGUGGGAGAUAAAUAUUAGUUCUUUUGGUGAUACAAUAAUAUCGACUGUAGAACAUGUUGUUGCUGAUUUAAAGAGUUAAACCAACAGUGUAGACGUAGAGACUGAAGAGAGACGCCUCGCUCUGCUGACACAACGUUGACAUAUUUUAAUGGUUUAUUCUGCAUUUCCACAUUUAAUGCUUUUAUGUCUUUUAGCUCCAGAACUACAAACAUGAUGUUUAAUUUCCUGCUGAUUGUUUUCAAACCAUCUGAUUGUUAUUGAUUACUUCUCAUCUCUCCAUAAAAAUCAACUUUUGUUUCUGCAGAGUUUUCAUGUGCUGAUGAGCGACGUCACCGGACACUCUGUCAUUCAUAUGAAAAUGUCAUAUUUCAUAUUUAGACUCUGCAGCAGGUGUGAAGGCACAUUCAACCGCUCACUUCCUGUCAACACUCCGACCACCGGAGGGCAGCAAACACACAUCACCUCUGCUUUUAUUUUCCAUUUUUAAAUUCUGUCUCUUGCAAAUGUGGAUGUAUGAAAUGAAUCUCUGUCUGUACAGGAAUCAGCUUUUAAUGACAAUAAAACUCAUCAGAUCACC